AACCUGGAGUCAGCAGCAAGCCAAUCUGUUUUUUAUUUGCUUAGAUGCCAACCCACUAAACACACUUUGAAAUUCUUUCAGAUCCUAUCAAGGCCACCCUUGCUGAGCAACAGACAAGGGCUAUGAAAUGAACAUCCAUGACUGGAACCAUGAUCAGGCAGAGAGUCAGGAGCUGAUGACUGGGAGCCUUCCCCCCCCCCCCAGGAUGGGUCACAACCAGAUGCCAGGCCCUCCCUCCCCCUCCCUUGGGACAGAUUAUACUUCAGAAAGAAAAUUCCUAAAUCCCAGAAGAGAUGAAGUUAAUGUCUGUGGGCAUAGCGUGCGUCUGUAUGUUGACAAAUGCAUUGACAGAUGCCAGGCCUAUUGAGGAUGAAGACGACCCGUAUAGAGAACCUGCAGGUAUGCCUUACUGGCCUUUCUCAACCAAUGAUUUCUGGUCAUAUGUGGAGUACUUCCGGACCUUAGGAGCAUACCACAGAAUCAAUGAGAUGGCCAGAACCUUCUUUGCUCAUCAGCCAAUUGGAAAUACUCUUGGAUAUGCUGUCCCAUAUCACGAGCACUAACUCACUGGGCUAAUCCCAGUGUUCAGAGAUUGAAUAAGUUUUACUGUUGCAAAGAAACACCAAAAUUACUUGCUUAACAAACAUGUUGUUACAAGGCUUCCUUUGUAUCAAGCAUGCAGCUUCUUGUGUUUUUUUCUGUUUUUUUAAACAAUAAUGAUUCUAGCAUAACUUCUUUUUAGCAGAUUAUCUAUACUUAACAUAUAUAUUUCUGCAAUUUGAAUAAAGAAUUUCUUGAUUCUAAUGCUGUUUACUUUU